AAAGUUAAAAAUUAAUCAUAAAUGAUAGAGAUGAAGACAAUUUUCAUGGCAUUUUUCUUUAUUGCCACUUUAGUAUCAUAUGUGUAUCCAAGUUUGGGUCAAAAAGAUGUUGACGAUGAACCACUAGUCAAUUCCGGUCUCGAAUUUGAUACAUUGGAUACGAUAUCGCCGGCUUCCGAAGAUUAUAAUAUUCAUAUGCUCAAGAACAUGUCACCAAAAUACAUAACAUAUGUCAAAACAUGUCAUGACAAGAUGGGGCCCAGUGGUGGUGCGAAAUGUAAUGAUGAUGUUCUUGAAGAGAUUCUUACGAAUAAACCCGUUUCCAGAGAAUGUUGUCUGAAAGUAGUAAAAGCCGGUAAAAAAUGUUACAUGGAAACUAUAAAGUUUAUAUUUCGAUUGUAUCAACUCAAACGUUUUGCUUCUCAAGUUUCUUUCAAAACCAAUAAGGUUUGGAAUAGAUGUUCUAUUGAAGUUGAAAGUCCUUCAUCAUCUCAGAAAAGUCCUUCAUCAUCUGAGAAAAGUCCUUCAUAGAUGUUAUCUUGAUUGGUUGAACUUUCAUUAUAUUAUAUGAUGUAUUAUAAAAUAAUGGUUCAUUUCAACAAAAAAAAAAUGGUUUAUUAUACUAUUCUAUCUAUAUAAAAUGAAAUCAAAGUUUCGUCUGAAUAUUUGUUCCCCUAAUUUUAAUCAUGGGUUGUUUUAUCAAGUGUUUGUUUAGUACAGUUUUUAGAUUAUCAAAUAUAAGAUUUGAUUGCACAUGAAUCUUGUUAAAAAUAUAUGUGUAUAUUUUUUCUUUGUAACUCGAAUAAAUUAUGUUGUUUAGAAAUCAAGUAUAAA